AUGCGGUUUCGACUAUCCGAGCUAGACCCGGCAACCGACGCACUCUCCGAGUUCGUGGCCUGUCAAAUUGCUAGCUUCGAUGAACCGUUCCAAUCGAUCUACCGAUUCUUCUACCCGAUCUUCGGGGGCGAAUCAGAGGCGGAGAGACAAGAAGCGUUCACGAACCUACCGGGCUCGGUAUUUCUGCAGGUCAGGGACCAAGAAAGAGACGAUAAGUUCGUCGCUGGGGUGUACUUCAAGAUCCACAAGCAGAACCCCUAUGCGCCAAAAGGAAAGGGAAGCGGAAGCGGCAGCAGUCCAGAGGACGAAUCGCCUCCUGCUGCUGUUUGGUAUCCGGAGGGAAUGCGACGGGAGUACAUCACGCGAUGCAUUGAGAUCUUCUCCGAGCCGCAUAUGAAGUUUAUGCAGAAGCCACAUCUUUAUGCAUUCGUUGGAUUUGCCUUACCCGAGUACCGUCAGCUUGGCUUAGCAGACAUGGUUUUGGCUGAGAUCUGUCGACGGGCAGACGAACUGGGGCUUGAAGCGUGGCUCGAAGCGGUCACACCGAUUGGGGUGACGAUCUACAAGCGCCACGGGUUCAUUCCAUUUAGUGGGGGUGUCUCGGUUCAACCUCCCGCAACAGAGGUGGAGGCCCAGAAUGCCGACUGGCAGGAUAUCGAGGCGAAGAUGCAGCCACUGCGAUACUGGCCCAUGUGGCGGCCUCCUCAAGGAAAGACGGUGCUCGGGGAGGCGACUCCGCCAUGGGGGAAUCCGAGAAAGAUGAGAGGGCUGGGAAGCAGGCUGUGAGUGUUGUCAUCGGGCCCCAAACGUCUGGGUGCUGGUACAGUGACCGCAGCUAACCCUCAAUCCUCUACCAAUCACUCGAUCUGAGCUUGGG